UGAGUGCGCACGGCGGGGACGGCGCGGCCUCCUCGCUCCGGUCCCGUCCGACCCCGUCCCGGUCCCGGUCCCGGCCCCGGCUCCGUCCGGGCCCCGCCGCCGCCAUGAAGGACGUGCCGGGCUUCCUGCAGCAGAGCCAGAGCGCGGGGCCGGGCCAGGCCGCCGUGUGGCACCGCCUCGAGGAGCUCUACAACAAGAAGCUGUGGCACCAGCUCACCCUGCAGGUGCUGGACUUCGUGCAGGACCCCUGCUUCGCCCAGGGAGAUGGGCUCAUCAAGCUCUACGAGAACUUCAUCAGCGAGUUUGAGCACAGGGUGAACCCCCUGUCCCUGGUGGAGAUUAUCCUGCACGUGGUCCGGCAGAUGACAGAUCCCAAUGUGGCCCUGACUUUUCUGGAAAAGACCCGGGAAAAGGUGAAGAGCAGCGAUGAGGCUGUGAUCCUGUGCAAAACAGCCAUCGGGGCCCUCAAGCUCAACAUCGGGGACCUGCAGGUGACCAAGGAGACCAUUGAGGAGGUGGAGGAGAUGCUGAACACCCUCCCUGGGGUGACAUCAGUGCACAGCCGCUUCUACGACCUCUCCAGCAAGUACUACCAGACCGUGGGGAACCACGCCGCCUACUACAAGGAUGCACUGCGCUUCCUGGGCUGCAUCGAGGUCAAGGACCUGCCAGUAUCAGAGCAGCAGGAGAGAGCCUUCACCCUGGGGCUGGCUGGGCUGCUGGGAGAAGGCGUCUACAACUUUGGGGAGCUGCUGAUGCACCCCGUGCUGGAGUCCCUGCGCAGCACAGACCGGCAGUGGCUCAUUGACACCCUCUUCGCCUUCAACAGUGGCAACGUGGAGACCUUCCAGGCCCUCAAGUCAGCCUGGGGGCAGCAGCCUGACCUGGCUGCAAACGAAGCACUCCUGCUGCAGAAGAUCCAGCUGUUGUGUCUCAUGGAGAUGACUUUCACCCGCCCGGCCAACCACCGCCAGCUGACCUUCGAGGAGAUUGCCAAGAGUGCCAAAGUCACCGUCAACGAGGUGGAGCUGCUGGUGAUGAAGGCGCUCUCAGUGGGGCUGGUGAAGGGCAGCAUCGAUGAGGUGGACAAGAGGGUGCACAUGACGUGGGUGCAGCCACGGGUGCUGGACCUGCAGCAGAUCAAGGGGAUGAAGGAUCGCCUGGAGUUCUGGUGCACGGACGUGCGGAGUAUGGAGAUGCUGGUGGAGCACCAAGCCCACGACAUCCUGACAUAGAGGAGAGAGUGAUUCCUGCUGCUCCUGAGGCCGGCAGCACUCAGACCACUGACUGCACUGAAUCCUUGGAGGGGUGGGUGGGCAGAGCCAGGAGCAGCCUGGGAUGUGGUGAGCAGGAGGACGAGGACGUGGCCUUUUGCUGUGUGACCCUUUGGUGCUCGAGCCAAGCUUUCCCUCUGCUGGCACAAGUGGCUCUGAUCCCUGAUCCCAGAGCUCCCUCCUUGGGGGAUGGAUCGCUCCUGAUCCCUUCUGCCUCCUGCUGCUGCAGGAGGGUGGGAUCCUAGUGCAGGAUCCAAGGGGUCUUGGCCUUAGGGGAGACAGCCUGUCCCGCUGCCCUCUCCCCCUGCCCCUGCAGCAGCCUGAGGCAGCAUUCCCCAAACCAUCUUCCCCAAAUCCUAUUCCUCCCCUGGCCCCGCUUCUCCCCGCCCCUCCUCAUCUGCAGCAGAGGGAGUGUUUGCUCCAUCCAAGGGUUUUCCCGGGAUUCCUGGUUAGUGGGUGUGUCCAUACACUUGAGGGGGUGGUUGUCUUUCACCAGCGCUUCGUGCUCAGGUGAGGUGCAGUGGCAUUGCCGGAAUAAACGUCUCUGCCUUCCCUUUUUGGGAA